AUGCGACUCCAACAAGCCGACAAUACUUCAAGUACAUCUGAAUUAGAACUGUUUUCUAAUUGGAUAUUAAAAGUUGGCGAUGGGAAAUUGGAAGAACCUAACGAUGGUUACACGGAUAUUCCUAUUCCAAAUGAUUUCUUAAUUUCUAACUAUGAUGAUCCACUAGAAGCCAUUGUUAGUGAAACAUAUCCGAAUUUUCUUAACAAUUACAAGAAUCCAGAAUUUUUGCAAUCAAGAGCUAUAUUGGCAGGAACAAUUGAAACGGUUGACAUCAUAAAUCAAUACGUUUUGGGAUUCAUACCAGGUGAAGAAAAGGAAUAUUUAAGUUCAGAUUUUGUAGACACUUUUGACGGUGAAGGAAAUGAAGCUUUUGAUGUUUUGACCCUGGAAUUUUUGAAUACACUUACAACUUCCGGUCUACCUAACCACAAGAUUAAAUUGAAGAUUGGGACCCCUAUUAUGUUGCUUCGAAACAUUGAUCAACCUGAAGGUCUCUGCAAUAGAACAAGGCUUAUAGUUACAAGAUUGGAAAACCACGUUAUCGAGGCAAAGAUUAUAUCUGGAAAGAAUAUUGGAGGGGUUAUCUAUAUUCCAAGAAUGGAUAUGACUCCAACACAAUCUCCGUGGCCAUUCAAAAUGACUAGAAGGCAAUUUCCCAUAACUAUAUGUUAUGCUAUGACAAUUAACAAAUCUCAAGGUCAGUCAUUGGAUUAUGUUGGAUUGUAUUUGCCUAGAAGUGUAUUUAGUCAUGGUCAACUAUAUGUUGCAAUAUCAAGGGUCAAAAACAAAAAAGGGCUUAAGAUAUUAAUCCAUGACAAGGAUAACCAUCCAUUGAAUUCUACAACAAACGUCGUGUUCAAAGAAGUUUUUGAAAACUUAUAG